UUCAUGGAUUUUCAGUAUUCAUAAUGCAGAGAAAACAAGGCUACUGCAGCUACUGCCGGGUGCAGUACAAUAAUCUGGAACAGCAUUUGUUCAGCGCUCAGCACAGAAACUUGACCAGACAGAGCAGACGUCAAAUGUGUACCAGUAGCUUGAUGGAGCGUUUCUUGCAGGAUGUGCUGCGGCACCAUCCGUAUAACUAUCAGGAAAACAGAUCAGUGCAAAAUGAGAUACCUACGAAUGCCGAUGAGUCACCUGAUCCUGAGCCUUCAGAUGACUGCCUGCCUGAGGAAAACGCUGAGGAUGCUCCUGGACCCAGCGGAGACAGACCCCCUGAGGGUUCUGAUCCUGGAGAAGAGUCGAGUUCCACACCUAGUAAACCUCCGGAACGCGCGGAGGAGGUGUUGGUUCGGCCGUCAGUUAUUCAGAAGCUGGAAAAGGGACAGCAGCAGUCUGUGGUGCUUGUUCCUAAAGUUGAGGGUAGUAUGAAAAAGGUUAAUCCAGUAGAUAUUGGCCAAGCUACAAAUAAAGGCAAAAACUUAAUUCGACACCCAGUAAUUUGUAACGCUCCCGCUCGUGGUCUGCCAGAAAGUUCUUGUACUAAACCGGUUAUAACUCAAACUAGGUCACCACCAGCAGGCACUUCGAAUUCAGUUAACAAAUGUGACCCAAACAAAGCUGACAAGCAGUCUAAACCACCAGAUGGGGUCUCUAGGAAUCUCAUGUCAUCAUCCAAUGUAGAAACAUCUGCAGGUUCCCAUGAGAAACACAAAAUAGGAAAAUCUUUAUGUACCAAUUUAGAUAAAUUGGUUAUACAGAAGGGCACCAAACCUCAAAGUAAAAUUCUGUCAGGUGGCUUUAAAGCUCUGGGUGCUGAGAGCUCUGCCAGAGCUGAGUCUCCCCCUGAGUUAGCAGGAAACCCAGCAGAGAAGCCGAGUACUGCUGACAUGCCUGCUAGUGAAGGGAACACUGAAGCUGCCACCCCUAGGCAGCCAGAGGAAUGCUGUUCCAGUAUGGAUUGUACUGAGGGAGAAAAGCAUGUGGGUUCUAGCAAGUCAGUGAUCUGGGGACAGAAGGGCUCCGUGAGUACUGAGAUGAAGUCUGAUUGUGACUCUGUGCAGUCAGCAUCUGAGGCUGUACAAGACAUCAGUCUGUGGAAGGAGAAUGAAAUUGACCAGGAAGAUAAGAACAAUGAAUCUAGAGGUUCUGAGAUGAGUCUUGAUUGCGGUGCCUCUUUUCGUUCGCUGACUAAUUUAUCUAAAAUGGCUGCCAAAGAAAUAAAUCUUGCAAAGGAAGUACUUGCUGAUUUACAGUAUCAGAAUAUUAAGUCUUGUAUUUCUGCAUUAAGUUAUGGGUGUGAUGACUCUCCUCAGGAGGGUACCAGCCAAUCUCAAGUGAUUGUUAGAGAUUCACAUCUUAAAAAUGCAAAGUCUGUUAGCCUGGUUGACCAAAGCUAUGACUCUAGUGAUUCUGAAAUGAAUUUUGAUUGUGAUGCGUCCUUUCAAACAAUUAGUGACUACCCCCAGCAGUCUGUGAAAGAGGAAGACCUUCCUAAUGAGGUGCCCAUUGUUUUGGUUGAUAAGAAUUAUGGCUCUAGUAGCUCUGACAUAAGUGAUGAUCUUACUCUCCCGCAUCAGUUAGUGGUUGACCGUCCCCCGGUGAUCGUCACAGAAACAGCACGCUGGAAGAAGGCCCAUGUGCGGCUGGUUGAUGAGAGCUAUGGAUCAACUUGUUCUGAAGCAAGUUAUGAUUGUGAUGUUCCUCUUCAGUCAGUGGUUGAUCCUCCCCAAAUGACUGUCAAAGAAAAGAAACCGAAACACAAACACUCUCGCCAGAAAAAGAAGAAGAAGAAAUCCAAGAAGGCGAAAAGACGACUUCCUCACGAUGUGCCAUUCGAGGCAGUGGCUGAUGAGCCCCCGAGGGAUCCUGAAGAAAUCAAUCUUCCGCAAGAGAAGAAUGCCGACCUUAUGGAUAUGAACUGUGAGUCUCAUGAUCCUGAGAUGUGUUUUCAUGAUGAUGCUCAAUUAGUGGCUGACCAAUCUCAAGUAGCAGUUAACGAAGUCCACCCACCAAACAUAGAUAAUGACCUAGAGAAUCAGAGUGUUCACUCUAGCAUUUCUAACCUAAGUUUUGAUUCUGAUGCCAUUUUUUAUCAGUCAGUUGAUGAUCAGCCUCAUGGGGCUUUGGGUGCAGUACAUUUUAAAGAGUUAAAUAUUGACAUGGAAGUUAAGAGCUGUGGGUCCUCCACUUCUGAGUUGACUUUUGAUUCUGAUACUCCCCUUCUGUCAGUUUCUAAUAUGAGUCAGCAGGAUGUUGAAAGAAUAAAAGAAGAACGCACUAACCUGGAAGAUGGGAGCUGUGAGUCGAAUAGUUCUGACAUAACUUUUGAGUCCGAUAUUCCUCUUUGCUCAGUAGUUGACCAACCUGGAGUAGCUGUGUAUGAGGCGAAACCUGUUGAACUGGAAAAUAAAAGUAAUGAGCCUUGUGUUUCUGAAAUAACUCUUGAUUCUGAUAUUCCUCUUCAUUCAGGAAAUGACCAACCUGAAGUAGCUGUUAAAGAAGUAAUCAUUCAGAAAGAAGAGUAUAUACACUUAGAAAGGAAGAAUGAUGAACCCAGUGGUUCUGAAAUAAGUUUGGACUCUAAUAUCCCUCAUCAUUCAGUGAUUAAUUCUCCUAAAGUAGCUGUUAAAAAGCUAAGUCCUCAUAAAGAAGAGCAGGUACCCUUAGAAAAUAAGGAAAAGGAACAUACGAAUUCUGAACUAAGUUUGGGUUGUGGUACUGCUUUUCAUUCUGUGACUGGACAUUCUGAAGAACCCACUGAAGACUUAAACUUUCAGAAAGAAAAGCAGGCACACCCUGUACAUAAAUCUAAUGAAGUAAGUGUUUCUGAAACACGUUUUGAUUCUGUUAUCCCUCUUCAGUCAGUGAUUCAAAAAGCUCAAGGCGUUAUUAAGGAAAAAUGGCUUCAAAAAGAAAGGGCUGCUAAAUUCCAAGAUAGAGGUGCUGACAUUCGUGGUUCUGAGAUAAAUUCAGGUUCUAGUGCUCCUCGUCACUUAGUGACUGAACCUCAAGAAGUUGGUAAAAAAAAGAAGAGAAAGGAGAAGCAUAUUGAAGAGAAUGGCAGUGAUAAAUACAGUGGUUCUGAAGUAAAUGUACAUACUGAUGUACCUCUUUGCUCAGUCACUAGCCGAUCUCAGCUAGCCCCUCAAAAUGAAAACCAUGCUGAUCUAAAAGAUAAAAAAAACGGGCAAGCUACUGAUUCUAAAAUAAGUUUCAAAUCUGUUGACCCCCAUCAGUCAUUGACUGGACAACCUCGAGAAACAGUUAAAGAAGUUGAUAUGUGGAAUGAAGAGGAUAUUGACUUUAAAAACAAGAUUGAUGAGCCUGCUGGCUCAAAAGUAACACAUGGCUCUGGUGUUUCCCACCCACCUUCAGUUGAUCAACUUCCUGUGACUGUUAAACAAAUAAACCGUGAGAAUAAAGAUGAGAUGUCCUUGGAGAUGAAGAAAAGCCAGAAUAGUUGUUCUGAAAUGAGUUCCCGUUCUACUUUCUCAGUUCCAGCAAUAGUCAUUCAACCUCCGAUGACUCUUUUGAAGCCAGAGCACACAGAGGUGGGAGGAAAACCCAGUCAGUCUCAUGGUUCUGAAAUGAAUUUUGAAUCUGAUAAACCCCAUCAGUUCGUGGGUAAUCACCCUAUGGAAACAGUUAAAGAGGGAAGCUUCUGCACGGGUGAAGUUGGUCGGAAAGACAAGAAGGAUGAAGUGAAGGGUGUUAGCGUUAUAUGUAGUUCUAGUGUCCUUCAGCCAGUGAUUGGUCAAACUGAAGAAGUAGUUAAGGAGACCAAGAUUUUGAAAGAGCAAGUUGACUUGAAAGACAAGGUUGUCAAACCUAACAAUUCUGGAAUAAAUUUAAAAUCUAACGAAUCUCUUCAGUCUGUGACUAAUAAAAUUCAAGAGCCUAUUAAGGAAACUAAUCCUCUGCCUGAUAAGAGCGAUGAGCCUGUCAGAUCCCAAAUAAUGUACGCUUCAAAUAAGCCUAUUCAGUCAGUAGUGGAGCAGCCACAGAUUUUGGAAGAAGAAUGUGCCAAUUUGGAACUUAAAAGCAGUGAUCCUUGUAGUCCUGAAACAGGUUUUGAUCCCGGUGACCUUUUUCAAUCAGCAGAAGACCAGUCUCAAAAAACUAACGGGGAAACAGAAACAAAUCUCUGGAAGGAAGACCAUAUUUAUCUGGAAAAUAUGAGCUACAAGCUAGGUGAUUUUGAAAUAAAUUGUGAUUCUGGUGUUCCCGUUCAGUUUGUUGCUGAUCCAUCUUCUGUAUCUGCCAAAGAAAUGCACUUAGAAAAGAUGUAUCAUAACGACUUAGAAGGUAAGGACUAUAGACCCUGCGGGUUUGAAAUGAAAUGUGACUCUCAGAUUCACCUUCAGUCAGACACCUACCAUCCUUCAUUGGCCCAUGAAGAGACAAACUUUCAGAAAGAAACGCAUCUCAGCACGGAAGAGAAGCUGAGUGAACCCAGUGAUUCUGGAGUGAUAUGUGAUGCUGAUGUCCCUUUUCAAAUAGUAGUGAACCAAGCGUCAGACAGAGAAGCAAAUCAUCCCGAGGUGUUCCUUGUGGAUUUGAUGACCAGUGAUAGUGACUGUGAUUGUGAAGUGGUCUCUCAUCCUCACUUGCUGCAUGACCCAGUUCAUAUGGCUGCCAGGGAACUCAACUCUGCAAAUGUAGAUUCUAUAAAUGUAAAUGAUUACUGCUAUGACUCUUGUGGUUCUGCUGUAAGACAUGUUUGUAAAGCCCGUUUUCAGCCAGCGAAAAAGCAAUCUAAGGAGAGCUUCAAAAUAAUAAACCGGAAGAAUGAUUAUAUUAUUCUGGGAGAUUUAAGCUGUCCGUCUUGUGAUUCUGAAACAGACUGUGAUGGUGACACUUCACCAUCCAUGACUUACCACUCACAAAGACCUGAUAAGAAACCGGUCAGAUCUAAUGGUUCCAGAAGAAAUUCUGCCAUGAAAGGCACUUCUCAGCCUAUGACUCAACAAAUGCAGAGAGCUCACCAGGAAGUGAAACUUGGGAAAGAUCAGAAUAAUGCCAACCUGAUGGAUCAGCAGUGUGAAUCUGGCAAUUGGGCAGUUGCGUGGGAUGGCUCUGGUGAGUCAGUGGCCCAAGGAGUAGCUCCUGGAGAAGAACAUUCGCAGUUAAAACAUACCGAUCUAGAAAAGAGAGGGAAAUCUUGUGAUUCUGAGAAGGAUCGUCAACCCAGACGUUCUAUUCUGCGCAAACCUGACAAGUCUCAAAAAGCUUUGGGCAAAAAAAAGCCAUUUAAGAAGGUCAGAUUUGACCUGAGAGAGGACUGCCAUGAUUCCCCAUCCAACUCUUCUCCCACGGUUGGUUCUAAAAGGAAGCCAGAAAAAGCAGAAGAGGUUGUCGAAGAUGAUCCUGAUGAGCCAGUUCUUGAAGCCUUGCCCAAUAUGCCUCCCUCAUUUGUAGGGAAAACAUGGUCUCAAAUAAUAAGAGAAAAUGACCGUAAGGUGGAUGCCCUUGUGAAGGAAUUUAGGGAAGGUCGCUUCCAUUGUUACUUUAAUGAUGAUUCGGAGCCCCCCAAAGGUUGUUCGAAUAAAGGAAAUAAAGCCACCCAGCCUGACCUUAAUCAGGAUACUGCCUCACUUCAAACUCUGUCAGAUGACAUAGCAAGCAGUUUUUCUGGUUUUUCAGACAGCGAUGACUUCUCUGUGGAUUUGAAUAGCCUAGGCUUUCAUUAUGCUCUAGCGCAGCAGUUUCCCCACCACUUGUGGCAUCUGACUUGUCGAUGCCGGGCAGUGAAAGUAAGCCAUGCAACCCAGACCAAUUUUGCAAAUAACCAAGCGAACAAAAGGAAAAGUGACAGCUCAGAGGAAGAGUCACCAGAAAGGAAGCAUUUUCAGGAUGACAGCAACACAGCCACCAUCCAAGGCAGCACUGAUGAGUUUCCUGAGUCAAGUCCUACCCAUUCAGAUCCUACAACAUCCACAGCCUUAGUCCACUCUCCUUCAUCUCUAAAUGCAGAAUCCAAGGAUAGGGAAUCCUCCGAGCUUUGCAGCAUGAUAGCCAAGGGUUGUGAUAUGCCGUGUAUGUGCAAGUGGGAACAGCAUGCCUUUCAUUGCAAUGACCCCUUCCUAAAACAACCUGUAACUGAUAACGAUGAUGAUAUGCAAUGCUGUGCUUCAACAUCUGCCAUGGCAAGAUAUGAAUUAAAGUCAUACCAAAGGAACAUCAAAUCUUCAAUUCCAAAGGCAAGUCGCUUCCAACUAACUGCCCAAGUCUUUCCCAAAUCAGGCAGACGUGAAUUUUCAGCAAGUAAAAAGAAAAGUCAGGGCAAGAAGGUAGCAGCUAGAAAUAAGAUCAGUUUUCUCCAAAAGGUUUAUAAAUCAGUUACUCUGCCUCAGAAAAGCAGACCAGUUUCAGCGAAACAGUCAGUUUGGAUUUGGACUAAACCAAAUGAUAUCAUUAGGAAGUACAUUUCGAGGUACUCCAUUUUUAUGCGUCGUAAAUACCAAUCUAGGGCCACUUUUGUUGCAAUGCUUUUCAGAAAGAAGCAGUCUGUUGUGAAUAGGUUAGAGAGAGAGGAGAGACAUGUUGAGAUGAUCCUGACUGCUUCAUCUCUGCCAGCCGGUGCUGAGGAGCAGUUAAGAGUCCUAGCAGGUCCUCCGAAGCAGCCUGUGACGGCUUCUCCCAGCAGGGCAGGGAGGAAGAGAAAGGGCCUCACACGUUGCCGCCGCAGAAGGAAAAAGUCCGGUAUUGCUAGAUCCUAUGAGUUGAGAAGUGUGUGCCACAUACCCGAUUCUGGUAGAAUGGUGACUCGGCAAUCCAACAAAUUGAGAACUAAUGAGGUCAAACUGAAGUUUACAUGUUAA